CAUUUGUUUUUUUUUUUUUGGUAUAAAAGAAGCAUCACUCACUAAUAAAUUCGCAGAAAUGAUCGGGGAAAAAAUUAUUUUAAUUUUCGUGGUAGCCUUGGUGGCAAAUACAAAAGCACUCGGUGUCAAUGUCAAUUUAUUGUCUGAAAAAUCAGCUCCUCAAUGGACUGUAAACGUUGAACUAGAAGAACCCAUUAAGUCAUAUGAAAAAGUUGGUAUAACUGGUGAUGCUCCCUUCCUCGGAUCAUGGUCAACAAACAGAACUAUCAUGCUUAAUAAAACUGAGGAGUCUCCAACAAAGUGGAUGGGAAGUAUUCAAAUACCAACCAAUUUCACAUCUUCAGUAAAGUAUCGAUUUUUUAUUGGAAUGGCUAAUUCCACUGGCGGUAAACUUCGGAUUCACAAAUGGGAAACUCAUUUGAAUGGCAGAACUGUUAAUCUAACAGCCGAUAAAAGCCUCGAGACCACUGAUCGAUUUGGAAUUAUUGGAGAUGUGAAAAGAGUAAAUCAAGGCUGGUUGAAUAGUGGCAGAAUAGUGCAGUUCAAACUUUUCCGUGAGCCUUUAAAGCUGAAAAAAUCAUAUGGCGAUAGAAAGAUUUUCGUAAAAAUAACUCCUGUUGGCUAUAAUUCGCAAAAACUUCAAAACUAUAAUGAGUCUCUUGGACUUGCUCACAUAGAAUAUGUUCGCGUGGAAUACGGAAACAGUAGUAUUCGUUAUCAACCAGAAGAAGGAGUUUUAUUCGAAAAAAUUGGUAAUCUGAUCUUCCAUAUUACGACAGGUGAUUUGAAAAAUGUUGCAUUUAAUUUCACCAUAUCUGUGGAAAAUGAAGAAGAUCCUGAGAAGAAGGACAUCAUUGGCUAUCAAUAUAUAUAUCCUGAGAGAAUUAAUAGCACAACCGGCGACAUUGACCUAGAUCUUAUGUCUCCAGAAAACAAGCAGAAUUCGGUUGGAUCUAUUCAACUGAAAUUUUUACUGAUCAAACCGCAGACUUCUAUGCGAUUGAAUUUCAAGAAUGCAUUCAAUAAUUAUUGGUCAAAGAGUUGGACAAAACUUGAUGUACUUCAUCGGGGAGUUGGAAAAAGUUUCAAAACAGCGGACAAUGCAGCUCCAGUUACAGAAAAUACAGUAAAAACAAUGAAGGAAGCACUAAAUGAGGGUGCUGACAUGGUUGAAUUUGAUGUUCAGCUGACAAAAGAUCUUUUUGCUAUCAUCUAUCACGAUGACUUUGUGUUAACUUCUAAAAGUGGUAAGAAACCAUCGAGUAAAGAUGACCUUACUGAAGUUAAUAUAAAGGAUGUGAACUACGAAGAGCUUAAGAACUUGGAGACUUAUCAUUUUGUUAAUCAAGAAUUAGUUAAAUAUCCAACUCAUAACGAAGAAACUGAUAAAGAUCAUGCUCUAUUUCCACUUUUUGAAGAUUUACUAACCAAAGUUAAUCACACUCUUGCUUAUGACAUCGAAAUUAAACCUUCAAUACAGCCGGAUCUUGAUGAAAAUCAGUACAUUGACAUAAUUAUAGAUGUGAUGUUGCGUAAGGGCUGUGGUCGCUUAAGUGUCAUAUCAAGCGUAGAUGCUGAUUUAAUAACUCUAAUGCAAUUUAAACAAAAUAUGCAUCCAGUUAUGCUUAUUGGAUAUGGUAUACCUAAUGGCUUUCUGGAUAUACGUUCGAGUAAUUUGGAAAAUAUGAUAAGUGGCGCCCAGGGAAUGGAAUGGCUAGGAAUUAUUCCACAUGCAUCUUAUUUCUGGUCUGGCAAAGGUGAUUUAAUAAAAUUAGCAACAGAUUUGGAUGUGAAAAUGAUCAUUUGGGGUGAUGAUAGCAAGAAAUCGGUGGACUAUUUUAAAAGUUAUAACGUUACAGGUGUGAUUUAUAGCUUACGUGACAUAAUGAUUCCUGAUGAAAAUGGAAAUUUAUUUAAGAAGCAAAAGGGUAUGCCGGAAUAUUUUGAAAAACAUUGCGCUUGCAGAAAUGUCACUGAUGAGUAUGUUAUUGAUGAGGAUGAAAGUUCAAGUUCUUGUCUUUUGUGUGCUGAUGUUAGUACAUGAGAAAAUAAUUUGAUUUGCAUUGUUAUAAGCGAUU